UGGCACCACAUAGUUGUCCCUGCAUUGUGGUUGUAUAGAUACAGGAAUCCAACUCCAAUUCCACCAACCACCACCAUGGCCGGCGGAGAACCCACCGCCGUUGCCGGCGACUCCACCAAAAUUCCUCUCCAGGUUGUUCACGACGUCUGUCGUAUUUCAGGUGCCGGAUUUGCUGGUUUUUUCAAGAAAGAUUGUACUGAUUUAGCUAGAAGAGUGUCCCUUUUGGCGUAUUUGCUUGAGGAAAUCAGGGAUUCCAACACCCAUUUGGGUUCUUCAUCAUCUUCCCACUAUUCAUGCUUGUAUGAUCUCUCCAUAGCUCUCAAAGCUGCAAAAAGACUCCUUUUAGCAGCAAAUGACUUUGAUCCCAAGAUCUCAGCUGACGCGGCAAAGAAGAAAACUGUCUUUCAAUUUCAAUGUGUAACAUGGAAAUUGGUGAAAUCCCUGGGCAGCUUACCAUAUGACCAGUUCGACAUAUCAGAAGAAGUACAAGAGCAGGUUGAAUUGGUCAGAGCACAGUUGACACGAGCUAAAGAGAGGUAUGGUGGGCCUGUGACUUCGAAUCUAUUAUCUCGAGCAUUGUCCCAACCCUUAGAUAAGGAGAUUGAUCCACUUCAGUCGGGCAGUAGGGGAGUUGGAAGUUUGCAUCUUGAAAAUGUUGGCAAUGUUGAUCAUGAAGUUAGGCCAAAACUUGGAGGCGUUCCCUUAGGAAACACCCCAAAUGGCAAUGAUUGCGGUCAGAUAGUUCAGGAACCAGAAAAUCCAAGGAAUUCAUCCAAAUUUUCUGAGGUUACCUCUCCCAAAUGUCCUGGUUUGGCCAGGGAAGAUGACUUACCCAGCAAGAAUCUUGUGGAGAGUAAGAAGCCCAAUUCUCCUAUAAUUCCUGAAGAGUAUCUUUGCCCUAUAUCCCUCGAGCUCAUGAGGGAUCCUGUAAUUGUGGCCACUGGACAGACUUACGAGAGAUCUUUCAUACAAAGAUGGAUAGACGGUAGCAACACAAGAUGCCCAAAAACUCAGCAAAUACUCCAAGAUCUUACGCUGACACCAAAUAUUGCUUUAAGAAGUCUCAUUUCUGAUUGGUGUGCAAAGAACAAUGUAGAGCAGCCAACUGCAUUAGCAAAUGGGAGAAUAAAGAGAAGUGAUGGAUCGUUUCGUGAUGUUACUGGGGAUAUAGCAGCUAUUGAGGCAAUUGUACGCAAACUUUCAAGCAGGUCCACUGACGAUCGGAGAGCUGCAGUAGCGGAGAUCCGGUCUCUAUCCAAAAGAAGCACAGACAACAGAGUUUUGAUUGCUGAAGCUGGAGCAAUCCCGGUGUUAGUUAACUUGUUGACAUCUGAAGACAGUCAAAUCCAAGAAAAUGCCGUCACUUCAAUUCUUAACCUUUCUAUAUUUGACAACAACAAGGGGCUUAUCAUGCUUGCCGGUGCUGUUCCUUCAAUUGUUCAAGUUCUAAGAGCUGGAAGCAUGGAAGCGAAAGAAAAUGCAGCAGCGACCAUCUUUAGUUUAUCACUUGGAGAUGAGAAUAAAAUAAUAAUAGGUGCAUCGGGGGCCAUACCAGCUCUGGUAGAAUUGCUUCAGACUGGAAGCACCAGAGGGAAGAAAGAUGCUGCAACAGCGUUAUUUAACUUAUGCAUAUAUCAAGGAAAUAAGGGUAGGGCUGUUCGGGCAGGGAUUAUACCAGCACUGUUAAUGAUGCUGAAAGAUUCAAGCAGCUGCAUGGUUGAUGAAGCUUUGACUAUUCUUUCAGUUCUUGCCAGCCACCAAGAGGCCAAGGCUGCCAUAGCAAAAGCUAGCCCAAUCCCUGUAUUGAUAGAUCUACUAAGGACAGGUCUACCUCGUAAUAAAGAGAAUGCUGCUGCUAUCUUGCUCUCCUUGUGCAAAAGAGAUACUGUGAAUUUAUCUUGCCUUCGUAGGCUUGGUGCACUUAUACCUCUUUCGGAGCUUGCCAAUAGUGGCACAGAGAGGGCCAAGAGGAAGGCUACUUCAUUGUUGGAACACCUUAGAAAACCUCUGCAGCCUUGACUGGUAUUCUAUCAGUGAAGGAUUCACUAAUUGCUUCUUUCAUUCUUACCUGAUCGUGAAUUAGACGAUUCCAUUUAUAGUGUGAUAAAAUCUGAGAAAAAGAGCAUGAGAAAAUAAUUCAUUCUCAUUUCUCGUUGUAUCAGUGUAUCUAUUUAGUCUGUUUUCGAGUGAGCCACGGAUUCAUUUGACCUGUGUUUUUUUUUUUUCAUUAUUUGUUACUAAUUGAUCAAUUUGAUGUUUGCCACGCUAAGGUGUGACGGAAAUUUAUCAACUCUGUAUAAAUGAAACAUUUUGAUAUGUGGAGAAUUGUACUUUCUUUUCCUUUGUA